UGAGAAAAUAUAAAAUUGAUCACUAGAAAGAGAAAGCGAAGAGCGUAUAGAGAGAUAAGUGAAACCUGUCUCGUGAAGAAGCAGGUAAAGGAGAGGAGGAAAAGAAAAUAAAAGCCUUCUCUUUUCCUUCUUUCCUCUCCUUCUCGUUCCCUUUCUCUCCGUUUCUCUGUGUAAAUUCCACUAUUUCUCUCUCUCUCUCAACAAUACAUUGUUUUUUGGUUUCUCUUUCUCGAUUGGAAUUUCAAGUUUCAACACCCACAUUCAUUCUUUGCUUCCUUCUUUUAUAUCACGAGAUCCCCAUCCCUAUCUCUCUUUCUUUUGCCUUCUUCUCAUGUCUUCCUCGAAGCUUGUAGUUGUAGUUUUAUGUUUCUCUGUUCGUGCUUCUUGUAGGAUACCGUCUUGUAGUUCCAUUAUCAAGCUUUUGUGAAACUUAAGAUUAAGAAGAGAGAUAGAGGAUUUGAGACCCACCCUCCGUGUUAGAUUCGCGGGAAAAUGUCGCAUUCUGGGAAGCCCAUUUCCGAGCUAGGACUCGAUGCUCUGAACGACCGAUUCCACGGUUCCUUAAGCUGUGAACCUAACAAGCCGGAUUUUCGAGAACUCGACUUGGGCUCGCCGGUUUCGCCACUGCGGACUCGUCACAGUCACAGUGUGCCCACUGCUACCAGUAGUAGUUCGAGUUCAUCUGGAUCGAUCUCUGGACGAAACGGGUACAAACCGGUCACAAAGCGAUCCGAUUAUGAUCCGAAUAACCACUCAGGCGAGCUCUCCGGCUCCGGCGAGAACAGCCCGACCGCCGCAGGGAAUGCCAGGAACUUAAAAGUUUCCCAAGCAAGAUCAGAUUUCAUGACGACCCAAUCGUUAAUAUACUCGGGUCAAGGCUCAGCCGUGAAUUCGCCGCCGCCGAAUUUUCUUCCUACAGGCAACAUCUGUCCGUCCGGCAAGAUUCUGAAGACCGCCGCGGCGGUCAGUCGGAGCUCCAGAACGGACGUUUUGGGUUCUGGGAUAGGAAAUUACGGCCAUGGAAGCAUAAUGCGGGGCGGUGCGACUUCCAAAGGCAUUGCAGGAGGGAUGACCGGUUCAGCGAAUGCGAGGGCGAGCGGUGGUGGUGCUCUCACUGACUCAGUUAAGCGAGCGGUGGUGACUGUGGAUCCAGAAGAGGUGAAGAGAGCAGGGAACGAGCAGUACAAGAGAGGUCACUUCGCUGAGGCUCUGAGUCUAUACGAUCGAGCAAUUGCAUUAUCCCCUGCUAACGCAGCCUACCGGGCCAACCGUGCAGCCGCAUUGACGGGCUUGGGACGGUUGGCUGAGGCUGUGAGGGAGUGUGAGGAGGCUGUGAAGUUAGAUCCCAAUUAUGGGAGGGCACAACUGCGUUUGGCUUCUCUUUUUCUACGGCUAGGACAAGUUGAGAACGCCAGGAAACAUCUCUCCUGUCCUGGGCUGCCACCUGAUCCUUCUGAGUUGCAGAAAUUGCAAUUAGUGGAGAAGCAUAUUGGGAAAUGUACUGAUUCCCGGAAGAUAGGUGAUUGGAAAAGUGUACUCACGGAAAUUGAUGCUGCCAUUUCUUCUGGAGCAGACUCUUCUCCUGAGCUCUUUAUGUGUAGAGCUGAGGCCCUUUUGAAACUCCACCGAGUUGAUGAUGCUGAAUCAAGUCUAUUAAACAAUCCCAAAUUGGAACCACAUACUAACUCCUCUUCACAAGCAAGAUUUUUUGGGAUCCUUUCUGAAGCUUACUCCUUCUUUGUGAGAGCUCAGAUUGAGAUGGCUCUGGGAAGGUUUGAGAAUGCAGUUACAGCUGCUGAGAAAGCUGGUCAGAUUGAUCCCCGAAACAUUGAAGUUGCUGUUUUGCUAAAAAAUGUAAGGAUGGUGGCGAGAGCUCGAGUGCACGGCAAUGAUCUUUUCAAAUCUGAAAGGUUCACUGAAGCUUGCUCAGCAUAUGGGGAAGGUUUGAGGCUGGACCCUUCAAACUCUGUCCUCUACUGCAAUAGAGCAGCCUGCUGGUUUAAGCUUGGGCAAUGGGAACAAUCAAUUGAAGAUUGCAAUCAAGCUUUACAUUUCCAACCUAAUUACACAAAAGCCCUUCUACGCAGAGCUGCAUCUAAUAGCAAGUUAGAAAGGUGGGCAGAGGCUGUCAAAGAUUAUGAGAUCUUGCGGAGAGAUCUUCCAGAUGACAGUGAAGUAGCUGAAGCUUUGUUUCAUGCAGUGUUGGCAUUAAAGAAAUCUCUUGGAGAGGAAGUGCAUGAUUUGAAAUUUGGUGGUGAGGUGGAAGGAGUAUCAGGACUUGAGCAAUUUAGAGCAGCAAUAGCAUUACCAGGUGUUUCUGUGGUCCAUUUUGAAAUUUCAUCUAACCCACAAUGCAAGCAAAUCUCACCUUUUAUGGGUACAUUAUGUGGCCGCUAUCCUUCUAUUAACUUCCUCAAGGUGGAUAUUCAAGAAUACCCAACAGUUGCAACAGCUGAAAGCAUUAGAAUUGUGCCAACAUUCAAGAUCUACAAGAAUGGCUGUCGUGUGAAGGAAAUUGUAUGCCCUAGUCGCGACAUGUUGGAACACUCUGUGAGGCAUUACAGCUCUUAAGAAUUCAUGACCUGCACUGCUCCUCUGCUGUAUCUUGUGCAAUUUCUCUUGCUGUUCAAACCUCUAGUUGAGGUUAAACUCUCAAGUUAUUCCAUUUCUUGUGUCAUUCCAGUUUCUUGAUCCCGUUACCACCAUAAACUGAUCAGCUGAUACUUAUGACCCAGCGAGAACAGAACCACAAAUAAUAAAUCUCAUUAGCAGCCAAUGCCAGCGGAACCCAGAAAUCGUCUAGUUCCCUUUACAGUUUUUAUUUAUUCAUUCAUUCCUCAUUGUUCUCCGGCUCCGUCUUCUCCCUUCUCCCUUUGUCAGUUUUCUAUCUUCUUUCCAGUUCAUCCAGGUGAGCUAGUAUUGUGUCCCCUUGUUUCAUUAUGAUUAAAAACAAAAGAAAGGGGAGGAUUUUACAUGUUUGUACAUUUGAUUUAAUCGGCAGUUCAAUUACCAUCUAGUUAGAUAGAUAGUCAAAUAUAAAGAGGAGAGAGGAGGGGUUCUGUUGGUAGAGGGGGAUCUGUACAUGUAUAUAUGUAAUGAUACAUGCCAACGAAAUAUUGGUAGCCUUUGAGGGAGAUUGAAUGAGUGAUGGGUGGGAAGCUCCUGAAAUGAGGAUGAAUAUGUUGUUAUUAUUAUCAUUUUUCUAUCUUUAGCCACGUAAUCAAUAAAAUUUCCCUUUUCUUUUU